AUGCGAAAGGGAGCGGAGUUUGAUGCCAAGUUCCUAAUAUCUGAUGAUGAGGAGGAGACCGAUGGGCCGUGGCUGCCAAAAAAGGAAAAUAAAGGGGGAACGAACAUUCCCUGCCUUCUUUUCCGUGUUCAAUCUCCGAGUCGUGUUACGGCUCGAGCUCUGAUUGGCUUUCCAACUUUUUCCCGCCUGCAUGGGAGGAGGGUGAUGACCCCUUGUGUUUCUGGACUGAAGCGAUUUUGUGGGCGCGCGGCCCGGAGAUUUGCCUCGUCUCCGAGUCAUCGAGUUUGCUUGAAAAUAGCUUUUCAUGAGCUCGGAGCUGUUUCUGGGGGCUUGAUGAGCCCUGAGUUGUUUUUCGGGGGCUUGGGAUCUUUGUUCGGCGCUCCUCUGAGUCCGGUGGAUUUCAGGAGGAAUGCUCCUAGCUGCUUUGGAGGAUCCGACUGCACUGGUCUAGGCCAUUUCGGUAAGCUUGGUGCAGGCAGCAGUGCAUAUGUGAUGGGUAAUGCUGAUAAACAGCAGAACUGGCAUGUCUAUUCUGCUUCAGCUGAAUCUGCCAAUGCCAAUAACCCGAAUCCAGUUUAUACACUGGAGAUGUGCAUGACUAAUCUCGACAAGAAGAAGGCAUCCGUAUUUUUCAAGACUCAAUCAAGCACUGCUGCUGAGAUGACUGAAGUUUCAGGCAUUCGGAAAAUUCUUCCAGAAUCAAACAUUUGCGACUUUGACUUUGACCCUUGCGGUUACUCAAUGAACGCUAUCGAGGGGCCAGCAAUCUCUACAAUUCACGUCACACCUGAGGAUGGAUUCAGCUAUGCAAGUUUUGAAGCAGUGGGUUAUGAUUUCAAAGCCGUAAACUUGACUGCCAUGAUCGAGAGGGUGUUGUCCUGCUUCGGACCUGCUGAGUUUUCUGUAUCACUACACUGUGACACUCCUGGGAAGGAACUUUAUACUGAGUCCGGCCUGGGCAUUAUCGGAUACGCCUCUGGAGAAAAGACUACUGAAGUGCUUGGUGAGGGAGGAUCACUUNAAUUAAAUAGCAUGAGAAGCUCAAUACUAAUCCUGAAACUGAGUGUGACAGGUGGACGGGCUCAUAAGUCAAUACUAUUUUGA